AUGAGGCGAAGACAAUGCAGCAGCCCUGACCUGGAAGAAAAGACAAUAAUUAGAGCACCUGGACACUAUGAAUCCAUUCAGGUUCAUACCCUAUCAGAGAGUGACUCUGAAAGCACUCAGAAUGAGAAACGGGCUAAAGUGAGAACCAAAAAGACCUCUGAUUCAAAAUAUCUAAUGAAGGGAAUGACCAAUGGAGUUAGAAAACACAUAAAGUUCUACACAAACAAAACCUUCCCAACCCAAGUUCAUGCAACUGCUUUUUCAGGGCCUAAAGUGGGCAUUCCAAACAGCAUACAGAGUUUUAGCUUUUGUUCGGCAGAAGUCUGGGGACAGGACAAUCCCAGACAAUUUGUGGGCAAGCAGAAACUGUUCUCCAAAGCGAACGCCAGGGAUUACUGUUUACCUAGCAAUAUCAAAAGAGACAGGAGGUCAGCUGACAAGCUAAGGUCAGCAGGCUCAGCCAUUAAGCAGGAGGACAUAUUGUGGGAAGGGACAGACCAGUGCAGAUCAGCUCAACAGCCAAGAAGAGCUCACUGUUUCCAACCCAGACCUCUUGACUGCCCAAGCCCACAGGUUCCCAAAGUGAUAUCACUUUCCAAGCUGCCUCAGUGGAGCAGCCUCUGGGAACUUUUCAAAAGGACGGUAGUAGCAGAUAAAAGAAAAAUGAAAUCUCCAGCCAGGAGUCUAAGAACUUACCCCCACACCAGAGUUCAGGCCCAAGGAAGAAUCCUACCUGGCUCCCCUGUGAAGAGCACCUGGCACCGACACCUUAAAGAGAAACUCACACACGAGGAGCAAAACCACCCCAGCUUCUAUAGGGAGAGAGCCCAUCAUAACCACUCUUGGAGAAAACAUCACAGUCCCUUUGAGAGAGGCCAUUGAAGUCCCUCUCAGAGAAAUCAUCACAGUCCCCUGGAAAGGAGCCGUCACAGUCCCUCGGAGCCAUCACAAUCCCUUGGAUAGAAGAUUUCUUGGAGAAAUCAUUGCAGUCCCUCUCAGGGAAAUCAUUGUAGUCCCCUGGAGACGAGUCGUCACAGUCUCUCUAAAAGGGGCCAUCACAGUCCCUCUGAGAGGAGCCAUCAUAGUCCCUCUGAGAAAAGCCAUCACAGUCUCUCUGAGAGGAGCCAACGCAGUUCCUGUAAGAGGAGAUGUCACAGGUCCUCUGAGAGGAGCCACUGUACGAUUUCUGAGAGAACUCACAGUUCCUCAGAGAAGAGCCACCUCAGUCCCUCUUAGAGGAGAGGACACAGUUCCUCUGAGAGGAGCCAUUGCAGUUCCUGUGAGAGUGCCCAUCACGGUCCCUCUGAGAUGAGGCCAGAGAGGCCCUCCGGGAGACACCAUCGCAGUCCCCUUAAGGAGGGACUCAAGCACAGUUCCCCUGGGGAGAACAUACAGCCAUAUUUGUAUAGAGAUUUCAACAAUGAAACAAUUAUCCUCGGGACCACAUACAAAAAUCCCCAAGCAGGCAAGUGUGGAGGCCUGAAGCUACUCACAGAGGCAAGAUCCACCCCUAUUAUUCAUUUUCUCCCUCAAGUCUUCACCGUGCUGCCCUUUCCGGGCUUCAUUCAUGCUCAGCCAUUGCCUCCAGUUCCUGCGCCCCCAGCGUAGAAAGCCUUCCAUGUCUCUCUACAGGGGAAGGCAUUCGAGAAUGGGUCUGUAAUUUCUCUAAGAUCAAUAAGGCGGCAGUAACUGAUCUCCCUGUGC